AUGACGCAACGAGAAUCGGCAGCGAACCAAAGGCGUGCAAAGAGUAGCGAAGAAAGGUACCACAAGACGACGAUCACAAGACAAGGUACAAUCGCUAGCAACACGAAAGCGGACGAGCCUAGCAACACGAAAGCGGACGAGCCUAGCAACACGAAAGCGGACGAGUCUAGCAACACGACGGACAGGACGUUCACCAGGAGAAGGUCACGUCAAGGAGGUUAUGAUAUAGAGGAGCUAAAAUUAAGAUUAGAGAAAUUAGAGGAAUUGAGAAAAGCUUUACUAGAUAGUCUAAUAGAGUUAGCGGUACACGAUCCCGAAUUGAGUGAAGCAGAAACAGACCAAGAAAUUGAACAGUAUGAAGAAAAAUAUAUAAAUUUAAAACUGAUCGGGGAAAGAAUAUUGAAAGAGCGCAUCAGACCCGCUUUAGCUGAAAACAAUCUCGACCAAGCACUUGCGGGAAUAAAUCUUAUGGCUAAUAAUAAUACGCGAUCUAGGGCCAAUGAAACUCACAUCAGACUGCCUAAGAUUGAUUUACCCACAUUCAGCGGGGCUUAUGAGGAAUGGCACUCUUUUUUUGGCAUAUUUGAUUCGUUAAUACACUCAAAUAAUUCCUUAAACGACAUUCAAAAGUUUCACUAUUUAAAGUCAGCGUUAAAGGGUGAAGCAGCAGAAAUUAUAAAAGCACUAGAGAUUACAGAAGCUAAUUAUAAUGAUGCUUGGUUGAGACUGAAAGAGAUAUAUGACAAUGAACGAAUGGCCGUUCAAAAUCAUAUUAAGUCGAUUCUAGACCUACCGAGUUUAAGAAAAGAAAAUAGCGUUGCGUUAAGAAAUUUGUUAGAUAACACGUUGAAGCAUACUAGAGCCUUAACUGCGUUAAAACGCCCAGUGCAACAUUGGGACGACUUAUUGAUAUACAUAAUUGCAAGUAAAUUGGAUUACUUCACGAUAAAGGAGUGGGAAAAUAGCGUAGAGAGUAAACAUUUACCCACAUUUAACGAGUUCGUAGAGUUCUUAACGCGAAGAUGCGAAACGUUAGAAGCCAUAGCUAGAAGGAGUAUGUCCAUAGAACUGAACGGUAAAACUAAUCGAACCUUCAAUAAAGUAACUACAGCACACGCGGCGGUCACAAGCGUUAAAUGUCCUAAUUGUAAAAACGACCAUCCGAUUUAUCACUGCAAAGAUUUUAAAGAUUUAUCAGUAACGCAACGUAUAAAUAGAGUAAAAAUGUUAAAGUUGUGUCUAAAUUGUUUAAAGGGCAAGCAUAUAGCCAAGGAUUGCACGGCAAGUAGCUGUAGAAAAUGUGCGAAAAAACACAGCUCUUUGUUACACGAUGAGCACUAUUCUACGAGUGAAGACAAGGUUGAAACAAUCAAAUCAAAUGCCAAGCAGGAAAAUGAGGGAAAUAAAGAGGACAGGACAGUGUGUACUCACGCUCGGUCAUCGCAAAUAGCUAAUUCCAUGCAGGAAUUAUUAUCUACGGCAGUAGUAUUGGUCAAGGAUCAUAAAGGUCGGUAUAUAGAAGGAAAGGCAUUACUUGAUUGCGGUUCCCAGUCAAAUUUUGCAACGGCUAACUUUGUUAAAAAAUUAAAUGUAAAAACCACGGACAGCCAUGUAAAAAUUAAGGGAAUAAAUCGACAAGUAUCACGCUCAUUAAAAACAGUAAACUUACAUGUAGCUUCACGUUUUGGUACAUUCGGGGUGGACAUGUCAUGCAUAGUGCUACCAGAAAUUAUUGGAGAUUUGCCUACAGUCGAGUUUGAUACAGAUAGCUUGAAUAUACCAAAAAAUAUAAAGCUGGCAGAUCCACGGUUUAAUGUUUCAAGUAGAAUAGACUUAUUAAUUGGAAUUGAUAGGUUCUGGAAACUCAUAUGCAUAGGACAAAUAAAGUUAGGUAAGGGGCAACCAAUAUUGCAGAAAACUUUAUUAGGAUGGAUGUCGCAGGGGCAAUGA